AUGGCCCCCGUCGCUGUUAACUCUCCCGCGCAGUCCUUCCUGGACGACUCUCCGCUCCUCAGCAAGAAGGUGGACUCGCUGGGCAAUGGCACCAAGGCCAACGGCGAUGUCCAGGUGCGCGAAGACUGGGAGGGCAAUUACCAGUUCGCCCCGAUACACGAGGCGGAGGUGUCCCGCGCGAUGAUCAAGCGGUACUUCAACAUGAUGUACGAGCGCUCGAUUUCGGACGUAGUCAUCAUCGGCGCCGGCAGCGCGGGACUCUCUUGCGCGUACCACCUCGCGACGACCCGGCCUGACCUCAAGGUGACUAUCCUCGAGGCCAACGUCGCUCCCGGCGGAGGCGCCUGGCUGGGAGGUCAACUGAUGACGCCCAUGGUCGUCCGUAAGCCGGCGGACCGCUUCCUGCAAGAGCUUGGCGUACCCUUCGAAGACGAAGGUGCCUUCGUCGUCGUCAAACACGCAGCGCUCUUCACCUCCACCAUCCUCUCCAAGGUCCUCGCUCUUCCGAACGUGGUGAUGAUGAACGCCACCGCGGUCGAGGAUUUGAUCGUCAGGACGGACUUCCGGGGUCAGCAGCGGGUUGCCGGCGUGGUCACUAACUGGACGCUCGUCGCCCUCAACCACGAUACACAGUCAUGCAUGGACCCGAACACUAUCACGGCCCCGGUCAUCAUCUCAGCUACGGGCCACGAUGGCCCCAUGGGCGCCUUUUCUGCCAAGCGCCUCGUCAGCGCCGGACUGCUCAAGGAACUCGGCAACAUGCGUGGUUUGGACAUGAACCGCGCCGAGCCCGCCAUUGUCAAUGGCACGCGCGAGGUGACGCCUGGUUUGAUCAUGACCGGUAUGGAGCUGUCUGAACACGAUGGCUCGAACCGCAUGGGCCCUACCUUCGGCGCGAUGAUGGCCAGCGGCGUCAAGGCCGCCAAAGAGGCUAUCAAAAUUCUGGAGUCCGCACAGAUUGUCGAUGGUCGGGUGGUCGGGUGA